AUGGUACAGCGGGGGUCGGGGCAGGGCCUGGGCCAGGUCGCAAGGCUGGUGUCAGUUCCCAGGGCGCUGCUGGAGAUCGCAUCAGGAGCGCAAUUUGAGGAGCUGCUGCGCCUCCAGGCCAGGUCCUUGGUCGUUAUCCAUUUCUGGGCACCAUGGGCUCCCCAUUACGCGCAGAUGAACAACGUCAUGCAGGAAUUAGCCAAGAAGCACCCACAGGUGGCGUUCGUGAAGUUGGAAGCAGAAGCUGUACCUGAAGUGUCUGAGAAAUAUGAAAUUAAUUCUGUCCCGAUCUUUCUGCUCUUUAAAGUGGAUCGCUUAGAUGGUUCCCAGGCCCCUGAGCUGACCAGGAAGGUGGAGUGCCAAGUAUCCAGCAGUGCUCUUCCCUGGGGUCUACUUAGCUCGAAGGAAGACCUCAACCUUUGGCUGAAGAAACUGACAAACGCUGCUCCCUGCAUGCUGUUCAUGAAAGGGUCUCCACAAGAGCUGCGCUGUGGCUUCAGCAAGCAGAUGGUGGUAAUUCUUAACAAACUUAAUAUUCAGUUGAGCAGUUUUUAUAUCUUUUCAGAUGAAGACGUGCGCCACGGACUCAAAACGUACUCCAGUUGGCCAACUUAUCCUCCUAAGCGUGGAACAAUUCAUGAGUCAGUCCUGGGGAGUGGAGGAGGAGUUGAGGGUUUCUUCACCUGUUAG